CAUGAGUUGUGAAUGUCACUCUCUCAUAUCCUUUCUGUGUUCCAAAUGCCCGUGAUCUGGUUCACCUAGACGGCGCGUGAGAAGCAGUGAAUUUUCUGCAUAUGUCGGGGUCUGAAGAGCCUCCUUCUAUGGAGCAUAAUCAAGAUGCCACUCCUACGGCGAUCGAAGCCGAUUCGUACUCGGAUGAGGGAUAUGAUACUGCGAGCAUUGCCUCGGACCUCACCUCACUCAAAUCCUCUGUUAUGAACUAUGAGUAUGAGAAUGGUCGUCGGUACCACGGAUAUCAGGCCGGGAAAUACAUGCUUCCGAACGAUGAUAAGGAGCAAGAACGAUUGGAUAUUCUCCAUCACGUUUUCCGUCUGACAUUAGGCGGCGCGUUAUGUCGUACGGCCCCGGAGUUGAAUGAUCCGGACAUGAUACUUGAUAUUGGGACCGGCACAGGCAUUUGGGCCAUUGACAUGGGCGAUGAGUUCCCUUCCGCAGAAAUCAUAGGCACUGAUCUUUCGCCGAUACAAUCAAGCUGGGUGCCGCCAAAUGUUCGCUUCCAGAUUGAUGAUGCGACCCAAGAAUGGGCCUUUCCGCAAGACUCGUUCGACUUCAUUCAUGCUCGUGGUCUGGCUGGUAGCAUCAGAGACUGGCCGGAGUUGUUGAGGCAAGCAUAUAUACAUCUGAAGCCUGGCGGUCGUAUAGAAUUGUCGGAAGGACGUCCGCACAUGUGUUGCGACGACAACACGUACAGCGAAGAUAGUGCAACGUACAAAUGGGUGUCCGAGUUCUAUAGAAUAUCUCGAGGUGCAGGUCUUGAAUUUGACAUGUUUCCGCAAUAUGCGGAUCUGUUGAAGAAUGCCGGCUUCGUCAAUGUCAAAACUCAUGAAGAGCCGACGCCGAUUGGGACAUGGCCGAAGAACAAGAGGCUGAAGCAGAUUGGGCUGUUCUUCGAGCAUCAGUUCUUGGAGGGCGCCGUCGAUGGUUAUUCCCUGGCCUUGUUCACUCGGCUUGGAGGAUGGAGCGAAGUAGAGACCCAGGUGUUGCUGGCUCAGGUACGACAAGAAACGAAAAGCAAGAAGAUGCAUUUGUAUACUCACUGUUCAUAUGCGACAGCACAAAGGCCUUUGACUUCUUAACUUCAUGGCACUUUGCUGCAUAUUGCACAGUCAAUGCAGUGCCUUUCAAGCAUAUAUGUUGUAGCAGGAGGAGCCCGCGAUGGGCCAAGAGCCCGUGGUGUCCUUUCGAGCUGAAAAAGAAAGUCUUUGGGGGAAACAAACAUGUAGGAGGAUGUUUAGUCGAUGCAUUUAUCGUUGAAAAAGCACCCAGAAAGCGCUUCGAAAGGCUGCUUGGUCAGUUGUUUUGUAUCAAAUCAUGAGUAUGAUCUUCG